AUGUCAGAAGAUUCCGACUCCAAGCACUACUGCUUCUCAGUAAGGGAGGACCAAGAUGGCGCUUCAGGCUGCCGAGCGUCGACCUCGUGCGGCUCUGUGCCGAGGGGGCCCUCUGGCUGCGGCCCCAUGGCGCAGCUGCAGCGUAUGAACGGCUACGGUCAAGGCGGGCCCGAGCUGGGCCUGCCGUCUGAGGGUAGCGACAGUAGUGGCCAGGACCCUCCCCCCGCCGCGCCACGCAAGCUUCGCAAGAGCUCUCGGUCCCGCUCGCUACCGGAGGAGGACAUGGAAAUGAAGAGCAGCGGGUCCAGCGGUAGCGGGACCGAGUCGCAAGGCAACGAGAGCCAUGGGAACGAGAGCAACGGCCAUGAGAGCAAUGGCCAUGAGUCCAUGGGCAGCUCCAACAGUAACAGCAAAGAUUCCGCUUUGUUGGAGUCUUCUGGAAGCAACAAGAGCUCAAACUCUCACAGUCCAUCUCCUCCCAGUAGUUCGAAUGCCUUCAGUUUGCUCAGCUCUGAACAGGACAACCCUUCCACCAGCGGCUGCAGUAGUCAGGAGUCUGCCAAAGCCAAGACUCAGAAAGAAGUGCUGAAGACCCUGAAAGAGCUGAAGCUCUACCUGCCUGCUGAAAAAAGACAUGGCAGCAAGUCCACCACCUUAAAUACUCUCAAGUAUGCUCUGCGCUGCGUCAAACAGGUGGAAGCCAAUGAGGAGUAUUACCAGCUGCUGAUGACCAAUGACAGUCAACCUUCUGGUCUGGACGUAUCCUCGUAUACCAUCGAAGAGAUUGACAGCAUAACAUCGGAAUACACACUCAAAAACAAUGACAUUUUUGCAGUUGCUGUGUCGCUCAUUACUGGAAAAAUCGUGUACAUUUCCGAGCAGGCCGCCUCCAUCCUCAAUUGCAAAAUGGACGUGUUCAACAAUAGCAAGUUUGUGGAAUUCCUGAUCCCGCAGGAUGUCAGUGUGUUCUACAGCUUCACCACACCGUACCGCCUGCCAUCUUGGAGCAUGUGCACCGGAGCUGAGUCAUUGCCACCUGAUUGUAUGCAAGAGAAGUCCUUCUUCUGCCGUAUCAGUGGUGGUAAAGAGUGUAAAGGCGACCUGCAGUACUAUCCCUUUAGAAUGACUCCGUACUUGAUGAAGGUACAAGUUGCUGCGCAUGCCGAGGACCAGUUCUGCUGCCUCCUCCUGGCCGAGAGAGUUCACUCUGGUUAUGAUGCGCCUCGGAUUCCAACAGAUAAGCGUGUCUUCACCACGACGCAUUCCCCGAGUUGCGUCUUCCAGGAUGUGGAUGAACGAGCUGUUCCUCUCCUGGGUUACCUCCCCCAGGACUUGAUUGGCACCCCGGUCCUCCUCCACUUGCAUCCUAAUGAUAGACCCAUCAUGCUGUCUAUUCACAGAAAGAUACUGCAAUACGCAGGGCAGCCGUUCGACCACUCAUCGAUCCGAUUCUGUGCUCGCAACGGAGAAUACGUCAUCCUGGAUACCAGCUGGUCCAGUUUCGUCAACCCUUGGAGCCGUAAAGUCUCCUUUGUGAUCGGGAGGCACAAUGUUCGGACGGGCCCCGUAAAUGAGGACGUCUUCAUGGCCCCGCUUUCUGCUGGAGCCGAAACAAAGGCCAUGGACUCUGACAUCCAGGAGGUCACUGAACAGAUCCACAGGCUCCUCCUGCAGCCGGUUCAUAACAGUGGGUCCAGUGGCUACAGGAGUCUAAACAGCACCGAACACCUCCUGGGUAUGAACUCCUCUAGUGACAGUCUUAACAAUGCCACCAAGUUCCAUCUAGAGGAUGAGGAGGAGGAAGAUGUGAGCAACAAAGCCCGGCCGCGAACCUUCCAGGAAAUCUGUAAGGGAGUCCAUCUCCAGAAGCACCAGGAACAGUGCAAGAAAACUAAUAGCAAGGCUGCUCAGAAGAGCCUGACAGUGGUACGGCCCAAGGAUGUGUCUGCCCUUCUCAGCCUCAGCUGGAGAGGGAGCCUGACGCCAAUGGAAGAGAGCAGAUCCUCUUCCCAAGAAGAAAUGCCGCUCAAUGACCAGACAGUCUAUUCCUACCAGCAAAUUAGCUGUCUGGACAGUGUUAUCAGAUACUUGGAGAAUUGCAAUGUCCCCUUUGCUUUAAAGAGGAAAUGUCAAUCGUCCUCGAACACCACAUCCUCUGAUGAUGACAAACACAAAGAUGGCACCACAUUGGAAGAUACCCAAGAACAAGCCUUGUUGAAAGAUCAGUCCGGGCUCUCCUCUUUGGAUGAUCCAGAUAAAAAGUCCAAUGAUGCAACCAGAGCGGUAGUGGGCACUUCUCUGCCUCUUCCUUUGCCUGACAAACCAGAAAGUGUGGUGUCCAUCACCAGCCAAUGUAGCUACAGUAGCACCAUAGUGCAUGUUGGGGACAAGAAACCUCAGCAAGAAUCAGAAAUGACGGAAGAUGUGACAGGGGUGGGCGAGGCGGCAGAAUGCAGCCACAACCCGGCACAGGCGGCUUCAGCUCGGGCCGUUUCACCUCGGGGCCAAGAGAGGGAGUCCUACAGGAAACUGGGUUUGACCAAGCAGGUUUUGGCUGCCCACACACAGAAGGAGGAGCAGGCUUUCCUGUUUCGCUUCAAGGAGCUUCGCAGGCUCACGGCCCUCAAAGCCAACUGCUCGCAGUACCUGGAGCGCCAGAGGGAAAAGAGCGGCAACGACGUGACGCCAGCUACCCAGCUCGGGAGGGAAAGCGGCCCAGGGACCGAGCCCAGCGUGACGCGGCGCAGUGUGCGGAACAAGAAAACCAAAUCCAAGCGAGCCAAGCAGACAGAGUCUUCAGACAGCACUGUGUCAUAUCCCCGACUCCAGCAGCUGCGAUGUCCCCCUCUUAACGCAGGCCUCAACCCCACAUCCUGGUCGGUUUCCGACACGUCACAGUCCAUGUUCCCAAUGGCCUACCCUUGCUACCCCCUCCAGGUUUUCCCCAGACAUACUUCUGUUGUGCCCUCUGCAAACCCCCCUCUGCAGGAGUUUGCUGACAAUCAAGGGGGUCUUCCUUGCCCGCCAGGUGUCUCGCAUUCUCCCUACACCGCACCUAUGGUCACCCCCAUAAUGGCUGUGGUGCUGCCUAAUUACAUUUACCCUCCUCUGUGUCCUGGGCCUCCACAGCCAGAGUACCCUGCAGAGACUGCCAGUUUCCCCAUCCAGGGCCAGCCUUACCCCCAACCCGCUUUCCCGGGACAAGCGACCUUCAUGACUCCUGCCACGUUUAACCCCCAGAGCCCCUCAACCCCUCAAGUGGGCUAUGUGACACCGUCGUUCUAUGUCCCCCCGACUAUUUUGGAAGCUCCCAAGGCACCAGUGGAGGGCCAGUCCCGCGCCUCCACGCCGCAGUCUGCUUCGCCGCCAUUGUUUCAGUCUCGAUGCAGCUCUCCUCUGAACUUGCUGGAGUUGGAGCUAUCCGGGGACCGACAGGAUGGCACAGCACUGCCCCCCGGAGGUCAAGGCGGCAAUGGGGCUGAACGGGAGAAGGCAGCGGUCGGGGGCCAAGUCCAAGAGCUCAAUCAGCCAUCUCUCAGUCUCCUUGGUCCAACUGGACCAUUGUUUUUCGGGGGCACGAUCCAUGUCUGUGAGCGUUUGUCUUGGGAUAAAGGCAUAUUCUCUUCUAGGCUGAGGGCAUGCAGCAGCGAGGCGAGUUCCAGAGGCGACGGCAACAACAGUGAUAACAACUCAUCCUCCAGCGACAUGCUGGAUAUCAUUCUGCAGGAGGACUCAUAUUCGGGUACCGGCUCAGCCACCUCGGGGUCCAUGCACUCGCACUCCAACGACUGUGGGACCUCCAACAGCAGGACGUCCAACAGUGGCGCCUCGGCAAGCGGGGUCUCUGGAAGUGGAACAGGUAGCAACAGCAGCAAGUAUUUUGGUAGCGUGGACUCGUCGCAGAAGAGCCAGAAGGUGAAAGGUCACUUAAGCGGCGGCGGCGAGGUGGAGCCAAGCGAACGCUUCAUCAAAUACAUACUCCACGACCCAGUGUGGCUCCUCAUGGCCAAUGCGGAUGACAAAGUUAUGAUGACCUACCAGAUGCCUUCACGAGACAUCCAGGAGGUUCUGAAGGAGGACCGCGAGAAGCUGAGCCUGCUGCAGAAAAACCAGCCCAGCUUUACGGAUGAGCAAAAGAAGGAGUUAAUGCAGGUGCACCCAUGGAUCAAGAAGGGUGGUCUACCCAAAGUCCUGGAUGUCAAGGUGUGCUCGUGUUGCAAUGGCGCCAUUCACACGCCUCUCACGGACGACCUGCCCGAGUUGGAGCUGGCGGAGCACAGGCCCGCGCUAGAGGCGGGCUGCCAGAGAACCCCCAGAGAGGAGCCCGUUUCCCUGAACUCUGGCAGCAGCAUUCUCUAUUGGCUGGACCUUCCUGGCUGA